UCUGAGAGGGAGGCCAGUUCUCCAAAUGGUUACUCUGGAUCUAAUCCUGACCGUGAAAAAGGUCUGCCAUAACUUUACUCCACCUGGGGAAAUUCUUCUUUCUCCCACAGUCCUGGGAUGAAGGAAAGGGCCAAGAACCAGUCCUAAGCCAUUGUCUUCUUAUGUGUAUCUCAGUCUCUAUCCCUUCCUUCAUUCAGAUUUUUUUCUUAAAUCCUACUUCCUCAGAACAGAAAGCUUCUCAUUAUUCUGUGGAGUAACACUGGUGCCUCAUAAUCUCCAGGGGGCUCCCUGUUUUCUUGUCAUUCCCACAGAGAAUGCCCCGCUAGAGUCUGCAUUCCCAUCCAGGAUAAGCUCAGCGCUGAACCACAUCAAGAAACCAGGGGCAAGAGAGAGAACCAAGAACGCUCAGCCUUGGGAAAGAAGGCACAGAAACACAGAACCAGCACCUCCUCUACCCUCCCCCUGCCACCCCGACCCCUACCCCUGGUCUUUAGAAUGGUCUCUUUCCCACAUUCUAGCCCCACAUCAGCAUUGCUGCCCUGGGCUUUGUGGUGGUAAGCCUUUAAGUGGGAAAUUAUCAGCGGGAUUAGAGCUGGUAUACCUUGCGGCAAUGCUCACCCAGCAGGUCCACCCCAUCCCAGCUAUGCACAAGCCCCUGUCCCUGCCUGCCAGCUGCAAGACACUGACCCAAGGCAACGGACCACAGAUCCCAUGUCACCCGUGUCACAGGGUGGACCCAAUAGGCAGCUGUCUCUAGACACGACUUUCUUCAGGUGGGCAGCUCAAGAAGGCGACAUGGUGCUCGGAGACUAAGGUGAAUGGUAUAGGCUUGCAUGUGGGUCAGGCUUUCAGGCAGCACAGAUGUGGGACUGGGUGUGAAUAUAUCAGUGCUGGGUAUAGAUUGCAGCUCUACUGUUAAGGUUUGCCAGUAGGAUGGGAACAAGGCUGCUGGAGGGACAGCAGCUCUUCUUUAAACUGGAAUGUCACUGCUGGUGGCCUCAGAUACAGUUUCUAUGGAGUCAGAGAGAAGGCCAGAGUGGAUCCAUGUAGAGCUUGGUUUGUCCCACUUCUGAUCAUUGGAAUAUUUAUUUUCUUUGGAAAUUGGAAGCUUUAAAAAAUAUCCUUCUAAUGAACUGAAAUUCUAAAGAACAGCCUAAUGCUAUGGAAAUACACACACACACACACACACGCACUCACACACCUAUUGGCCCUAUAAAAGCAUGGGGAAAUGGGCCAAGAAAAUUUUCUUUCAUCGGCAUCAUACGAUAACAGUGGUAAUGGUGACAACAGGGGAUGGCUGAGCCCCUCGUGUGUGCCUGUCACAUUUACUCAUUUAAUCUUUGCAGGAGCCCUAGAAGCUAGAACUAUUAUUAUUGUCCUUUUUUAGCUGAGUAGACUGAGGCUGAGAGAGGGAAGUAACAGAGAAUAGACUUAACUUCCAUAGCAGGCAUCAGGCCAGAAUUCAAACACGGGGCCCUAGCUUAUGCUCCAAACCACCAUGUGGGAGGUUUGGGGAGACACGGCAGCAGCCAAGUAACACCCACUUUUAGGUAAAACCCUGAUGCCCUUCGAGUCACUGGACAGCCACCUGGUUCCAAGGCUUAUCUCUGUGACCUCCUGCAUCCUUUCUGCUCUGCACCUUGGCAAACACAUACCAGGGGGCCUCCCUGGAGGAAGUUCAUUUGCUGGCUCAAAACUGACUGUCUAUUAAUUUCAUGGUCGUAGCUGGAGAAAUGUGAAUGCAUGAGGGUCCUCAACAGAGAGAUCGCCCGGAAAGACUUAAAGGGAUGCUCUAAGAGAGGUCUUGGAGCCUCUGUGUCAUGACAUAGACACGGCCCCUCAGCACCAAGCCACAUUCAGGGGCCUCUGACUGACCGACACAAAUUCUCUCUGCUUCUGUGCCCCCUCCCUUUCCUGUCUCCAUCUCUCUCUCUUAUUUCCUUUCCACACAGGGUCCCAGUCCCUGGAUCAUGGCAAAUCUGAGCCACCCAUCUGGAUUUGUCCUCUUGGGCUUCUCCUCCUUGGGCGAGCUGCAGGUUCUGCUCUACGGACCCUUCCUUGUGCUUUAUCUUCUGGCCUUCAUGGGAAACACUAUCAUCGUGGUCACAGUCAUUGCUGACACCCAUCUCCACACUCCCAUGUACUUCUUCCUGGGCAACUUCUCCCUGCUGGAGAUCUUGGUGACCAUGACCACCGUGCCCAGGAUGCUCUCUGACCUGCUGGCCCCCCACAAGGCCAUCUCCUUCAUCGGCUGCAUGGUUCAGUUCUACUUCUACUUCUCCCUGGGUUCCACCUCCUUCCUCAUCCUGUCAGACAUGGCCCUCGACCGCUUUGUGGCCAUCUGCCACCCUCUGCGCUAUGGCACCUUGAUGAGCAGGGCUGUGUGUGCCCGGCUGGCAGGGGCAGCCUGGGCAGCUCCUUUCCUGGCCAUGGUGCCCACUGUCCUCUCCCGGGCUCAUCUCAACUAUUGCCAUGGCAACGUCAUUAACCACUUCUUCUGUGACAAUGCCCCUCUGCUGCAGUUGUCCUGCUCGGACACCAGCCUGCUGGAAUUCUGGGACUUUGUUAUGUCCUUGGCCUUUGUCCUCAGCUCCUUCCUGGUGACCCUCAUCUCCUAUGGCUACAUCGUGAGCACUGUGCUGCGGAUGCCCUCUGCCAGCAGCCGCCAGAAGGCCUUCUCCACGUGUGGGUCUCACCUCACGCUGGUUUUCAUUGGCUACAGCAGCACUAUCUUCCUGUAUGUCCGGCCUGGCAAAGCGCACUCUGUGGAGGUGAAUAAGACUGUUGCCCUGGUGACAUCCAUCCUCACCCCCUUCCUCAAUCCUUUUAUCCUCACCUUCCGCAAUGAGACAGUCAAGGUGGUGCUACGAGGGCAGAUGCAGAGGCUAAAAGGGCUCCACCAGGUGCCAUGAUGAGCCCAGGGACCAGGCCAGGCUCAGCCAAGUAGUUCUGUGUGGGACCAGCCUGGGUGGGACCACUCAUCACAUUUCUUGAGGUUUUCCCCACAUUGCCCCUGAGCAAUAACCACAGUGAGUCCUUGGUGACAGUUCAUCUGGCCUGAAGCUCUCAUAGGUCACAUGGAAUUGCUCUCCUUACUCAUGGGCAGCAACAUGAACUUAGAAAGUUGCCUGGAGCCUGGAAAACCAGGAGUAAGGAUUUUAAUAAAGCAAAGUGCAUGCACUUUCCGUUCAAGAAAGAUCAGCCAAGAAGUCACGUCUGAUCAAGAGAUAUUUUCCAACCCCAGAGUAUGUGUGUGUGUGAGCGUGCAUGCUCACGUGCGUGCCCCAUUGCUGAGUGUGUGCAGCAUGAGUGCUUGGCCUACAUGGGGUUAAGCUAAGGAGCAACAUUUACCAAAGUAACUGUCUUCCAUUGUGUAUAGAAUUCGUUAUACCAUCAUUCAUCUGCUUAUUCAUUCAUUUCACAAACACAGAGUAGACUCCAUGUGUCAGGCACUACACCUGUCAGACGCAGGAGGAAAGGUAAACAAGAAUUGAUAGUUCCCAAAGCUCUUAGCUCCACGAAGGUAAAGAAUAAUAAAGGGCUGCUUACAAUACAGCAGGUGCAGAGCAAUGUUGGAUUCACAGAAGGUUUUAUGGAAGCAGAUAAGAGGAAGGUCAAGACCAGACCAUGGGCUGGGAGAGUUUUCUGAUGAGGUGACACCUGAAUAAUACAAUUCAUCUGCUUCCCUUGUGCAGGGAAAAUAAAUUCAAAUUAAACAAAGUAAAUCUUCAUUAGUGUAAAAAAUAAGAACAAAUCUCCAAGGAAGUACACAGGUUCUGGGAAAGAAAUAUUCACAGCGAGUUUUAGAAAGAUAAAAAUGACCUUCUCUACUAUAUGAUGAGAAAUCUUCAUCAGCCUGAAGGCAGGAGAUUGUGAUGAAUCUGGUAAAUUCCUUUGUCCAGUCAUUAUACACACACAUCCACACACAUCUUGUACACACAUACACAUGCAUACACACAUGUACAAUUCCUGAAAGCCAGUUAGGUCUCAUUUCCGUUGGAAUGAAAUAUCAGCUCCAUUGAGCUUCCCUCCCACAACUAGAGUCUGAAAUUGUAAAAAAAAAAAACCCUUCAAGUACUUUUACUCAGAAUCACAGUAUUCCCUUAGCUUUCACCUUUCCAAAAGUUUCUAAAACAGCCUCAAUUUAAAAUAUUCUGCCAAAUUAUUUCUGUAAACACACUUUAAUUUACCUAACUACAUUUCCCAGUAAAUAUCUAUGAGUUCACGCAUCAAGAGGGUACUUCUAGGGAGUUGCCUGGUGGCUCAGCAGUUUAAGGAUCCGGUGUUGUCACUGCUGUGUCAGGGUUUGAUCCCUGGCCCAUGAACUUUCACAUGCUAUGGAAGCACCUGAAAAAAAAAAUAGUAC